GUGCAAUUUUGUUGCAACAGUAUAAUAAUAAGUAUUUAUUCACUAUGGUAAUGGAUUCAACGAAGUGCGUGUAAAGUAAACAAGUGUAGUUAUGCAACGUGUGAUACAGCCUUGAGGUUUCUUUAUAAGCUGAGGAGGAAGUUUUACCCAACAGUGUUCUGUUCAUGCUUUCCAAGACACUUCUAAUAUACAGGUAUGUAUUUCAUACAAUUACGUUCCAUUAUUUUCUACGUUUUUUGAAAAAUAUAUUGUUUUUCCAAAACUAACUAUUGGUAAAUUAUUUACAAAUUGUGUUAAACUAGUAUUAAUUUGGUUUUAUUAAAUAGAUGAAAACAGUGCAUUUUAAAUUUUGUAAUUUAAAAAAUAUUAAAUUUCUUUUGUAUUGAUUAUUAACGAUUUUAAUUUUGUGUUUUAGAAAUGGAUUCUGAAACAGUCGUUGACUUGACACAAUCCGAAGAGCAUUCUUCAAUACUACGUAAGCUUCUAAGUACUCCUCCACCUCCACCACUUAAACAGCAACAGCAACAGCAACAGCAACAGAAACAGCAACAGAAACAGCAACAGCAACAGCAACAGCAACAGCAGCUGACACAACAACCGUCUACUUCUUCAUCUUUCGCUAGUAACACUCUAAAAUUUAUUCGACUGUCGGAAAAUGGAUUUCCACCCGAACGUUGUUCACCAUUAGCUGCGGGCUUUGAUUUAAGAAGUGGAGAAAAUGUAGUUAUAAAAAAAUGGGAUCGUAAAUUAGUAAAAACAAAUAUUGCGAUAGUAUUACCAGACGAGUGUUAUGGUCGAAUAGCGCCGAGAUCAGGUCUAUCUUUAAAAAACGGUAUACAUGUAGGUGCUGGAGUUAUUGAUCCAGAUUAUAGAGGAAACGUAGGAAUAGUGCUGUUCAAUUUAUCAAACGAUAAUUUCAGUGUAGAAAUUGGUGAUAGAAUAGCUCAAUUAAUUUGCGAGCGAAUAGUUUGGCCUGAUAUUGAGGAGGUUACUAAAAACAGUGUGUUAGAAAAAACUAGUAGAGAUGAAAAUGGUUUUGGAUCAACAGGAUUAAAAUAAUUAUUUUUAUUUUUUUUUUCAGAUCAUAAAUAAUGGAAUCUUUUCUACCAUUUAAAAAAAGAAAACAUACUUUUGUUUCUGAACCAAUGAACAUUGAUAAUAAUGAAGAAGAAGAGCUCAUGGAAUUAGAACAGGAAAAUAAUUAUUCUCUAUCACCAUCUACAUCAUCAUCAUCAUUAUCUUCUG